AUCGCAAAAAACCCCAAUAGGCAGUGCUGCCAAUUGUGUCAUUUAGUGAUUUGUUUGGAUUGUUCUAGUUCGUGUGAUUAUUUUAUUAUUGUGCUAGAAAGCGUCCAAAUGGCCAAUGUUAUCGAAGUGAAACCAAAAAUACUCGUGUUUGAUUUAGAUUACACACUUUGGCCGUUCUGGGUUGACACACAUGUCAUUCCCCCCUUUCGUAAAACGAACGACGGUUGCGUCAUAGACCAAUUUGGAAGUAAAAUCCAAUAUUAUAAUGACGUUCCAGAACUUUUACAGGAAUUGUAUCUUGAAGGUUAUAUCUUAGCAGUGGCGUCUCGUACCAGCGAGGUCGAGGGGGCCCGACAAUUAUUGGAUCUGUUCGGGUGGACUAAGUAUUUCUCGCAUUUGGAAAUCUUUCCAGGGGUGAAAACCAAACACAUCACGAGGAUAAAAAAUAAGUUCGAUGUGGAAUACAGCGAAAUGAUUUUCUUUGACGACGAAAGCCGGAAUAUCAGAGACGUGACUAAACUGGGAGUGCUUUCAAUCCUUGUCCAAAACGGGAUUUCGCGCAAAGUGGUCGAUGAUGCUAUAGAGCAGUUCUCUAAACAAUCUAAACGAAAGUAAAGUGAAGAAAAUAUUUUUAUAAUAAUAAUAAUCAGUUGGUUCAGUGUGUGUUAGUUUUGCACCAAUCACUAGAAUAAAGUGUACAAUUGUUUCUACUUUUGUUAAUUUCUUGAAUUCAGUUUUAUUUAUGAAAUAAAUUAUGUUCCAUCA